ACGGAAACGAAAAAUGUUUAUUUGCUCAUACAUUUUAUUUCCGCUUUCAGUAAAAUGAAACGUAGUUAUUAUAAAAAAAUAAUUGAGAAAUUGAAUGAACUACGGAAGAGAGAUUGCUUAGCUCAAUUAAGUGCUUGUUUCCCCGAUGUGUCUUCAGCUGCUUUGGAAAGUAUCAUCGCUCAAGAAAUUGUGAAAAAAACUAAGAAAACUACGCACUAUCAUUUAAGCAAGGCAGAAAUAUAUUAUAAAAGAUAUUUAGAAGAAAAAGAGAAAGAAGGAACAAAGCCAGGAUUUCUUUUAAAACUUGCUGAUAAGAUUGAUUUUAGUCCUGCAUUACUGGCAAAACUUAUAUUAGAACAACAUUUUAAAGAGUCAAAAGAAGAUUCUAAUAAUGGAGGUUUUGAAACAGCUUCAAAAUUUGACAUAUCUGAAAUGUUGAAGAAUUCAACGCUCAUUGAUGAUCCUGAUUUAGCAGUAGAAACACGUUUAUGUAUUCUAUCAGAUGAGACCUAUGGCUGUGUUUCAGAUGUUGUUAAAAAUUCUGUGGGUGAAGAGUUCGAAACUAAGCUUCAAAAUCAAUUAACUGAGCUUGGUCUUUCCUAUUCUGAUGAAAAUCAAUUGCGUAAAAGAGGUUAUGACAAAACUCCUGACAUCAUUUUAGAUAUUCCCAUAGCCAUUGAUGAUCAUGUUGUAAAUUGGAUUGAAAGCAAAGCUUCAUUUGGCGAUGAUGAAAGGCAUGAAGAAUAUUUAAAGAAGCAGUAUAAAAGUUAUUAUUACAGGUUUGGUCCUGGACUUGUGAUUUACUGGGCUGGCUUUAUAGAUGAACUCAAUACUAACCAUGAAUGUGAUAUAAUAAUAAGUGAUACAAUGCCAACUAAUAUUACUCGAAUGGAUCCUUCUCUGCUUAUGAAAAGAGAUGUUUCAUGAGAACAUUUUUGAGUUCUCAUAGUAUUUAUAAACA